GAGAGAGCGCGCAGCAGGCAGCGGUCCGGCACUUGGUCGGUAUGUUGCAGCAGCAGCGGAGCUUCUGUCUGGGACUAUAGCGAGAGAAAAACGCGCCUUGGGUUGAAAAUAUUAGUAAGGGGAUUAAAAUUAAAACUACCCGAGGAUGAGACAUACGGCGUUCGCCUGAAGGAGACUAAAACACGCCGUUAUUCCGCUAAUUUACCACCUUUUUUAAACGAAAAUGGCGAACGACUCUCCGGCUAAAAGUCUGGUGGACAUAGACCUGGCAUCCCUGAGGGAUCCUGCUGGGAUUUUCGAGCUGGUGGAAGUGGUCGGAAAUGGUACAUAUGGACAAGUCUACAAGGGUCGACAUGUUAAGACGGGACAGCUGGCGGCCAUCAAGGUCAUGGACGUCACCGAGGAUGAAGAAGAGGAAAUUAAGUUGGAAAUCAACAUGCUGAAGAAGUACUCCCAUCACAGAAACAUAGCCACCUACUACGGAGCCUUCAUCAAGAAAAGUCCACCAGGCCAUGAUGACCAGCUCUGGCUGGUGAUGGAGUUCUGUGGUGCCGGCUCCAUCACAGAUCUGGUGAAGAACACCAAGGGCAACUCCCUGAAGGAAGACUGGAUCGCCUACAUCUCCCGAGAGAUCCUCAGGGGAUUAGCUCACCUGCAUGCUCAUCAUGUCAUUCACCGCGACAUCAAAGGACAAAACGUGCUGCUGACUGAAAAUGCUGAAGUCAAGCUGGUGGACUUUGGUGUGAGCGCUCAGCUGGACCGGACGGUAGGUCGAAGAAACACCUUCAUCGGGACGCCAUACUGGAUGGCUCCAGAGGUCAUCGCUUGUGAUGAAAACCCUGAUGCUACCUACGAUUACAGGAGUGAUCUGUGGUCCUGUGGAAUCACAGCCAUUGAAAUGGCUGAGGGAGCUCCUCCUCUGUGUGACAUGCAUCCAAUGAGAGCCCUCUUCCUCAUUCCCAGAAACCCACCUCCUCGACUCAAGUCCAAAAAAUGGUCAAAGAAGUUCUUCAGCUUCAUUGAGAGUUGCCUUGUGAAGAAUUACACCCAGCGCCCUCCCACUGAGCAGCUGCUGAAACACCCCUUCAUUCGGGACCAGCCCAACGAGAGGCAGGUUCGCAUCCAGCUCAAAGACCACAUCGACCGAACCAAGAAGAAGAGGGGCGAGAAAGAUGAGACAGAGUAUGAAUACAGUGGCAGUGAAGAAGAGGAGGAAGAGUCAUCUGAGCAAGAAGGAGAGCCAAGUUCCAUAGUCAACGUGCCGGGCGAGUCGACCCUGCGUCGUGACUUCAUACGUCUGCAGCAGGAGAACAAGGAGCGUUCGGAGGCCCUUCGCCGCCAACAGCUCCUCCAGGAGCAGCAGCUCCGUGAGCAGGAGGAAUACAAGCGCCAGCUGCUGGCUGAGAGGCAGAAACGUAUCGAGCAGCAGAAGGAGCAGCGGAGACGGCUGGAGGAGCAACAACGACGUGAGCGCGAGAUGAGGAGGCAGCAGGAGCGUGAGCAGCGCCGGCGCGAGCAGGAGGAGAAGAGGCGCAUCGAAGAGAUGGAACGACGCCGCAAAGAAGAGGAGGAGCGCAGGAGGGCCGAGGAGGAAAAGAGGAGGGCUGACCGCGAGCAGGAGUAUAUACGUCGACAGCUGGAGGAGGAGCAGAGGCACCUGGAGAUCCUGCAACAGCAGCUCCUCCAUGAACAGGCCAUGCUUCUGGAGUACAAAUGGCGGGAGCUUGAGGAGCAGCGGCAAGCUCAGAAACUCCAGAGACAGCUGCAGCAGGAGCAGGCCUACCUGCUGUCGCUUCAGCAAAACCAGAACUUGGACAGUAGCAAAACAGCCCAGCAACAGACCCCCAAACCCCCACAGAACCCCGAACCCGACAGGGUAAAGCCUCUGCAAGCCCCUGAGCAGGAAACAACAAAACAACCACAGAACACUGACAGUGAGAAGACACGGCCCAGUCCAGCCUCCAGUCUGGAAAAAACUACAGAAAGCAGGCUACCAGUGGCUGACCUUCAAGGCCCCGCCCCUGACUCUGAGCCAGUCAGAGAGGCUGACGAGCGAUAUCGGAAGAACAUCCAGGGUUCUCCCCAGUCAGCUCAGACCAAACCACAGCAGCCUCCGGUGCCGCCACGAUCUGAGUCUUCAUACCCCAAUGGGAACUCUGCUUCUGAGGCCAUGCACCGGCCUGUGGAACCACAGGUUCGUUCUCAUCUGGCUGCUUUAAAGAGCAGCAGCAGCGUGGCCUCAUCAAACUCCUCCACUGCCACUCCGCCUGUUGUGUCGCGAUCGCACUCCUUCACAGAGCCGCUCACUCCUAGCUUUGAAAAUCUCCACCUUCAAAACAGCCACGAAUCCCGCCAUCACCUUCCAUCAUCAUCAUCACCAUUAUCAUCCUCAUCAUCAACGCCUGCUCGCACUGACCCACACCCCCAUCCCCAGCCUAGGCAAUAUGAACCAGCCCCUUCAGCGGAGGUCCCACCGAGGGUUCCUGUCAGGACUACAUCAAGGUCCCCAGUGUUGCCGAGGCGAGAUUCGCCUCAUCACCUUGGCAACGCCGCACACAGCAGCCAAGCAGCACAACACAAUGCUGCCAGUGCAGCGGAGCCUCGGCUGCUGUGGGAACGAGUGGAGAAACUGGUUCCCAGAACGACCAGUAAUAGUGGCAGCGGAGGCUCCAGUUCCUCUAGCAGCUCCAGUAACUCCAGCUCUCAGCCCGGUUCUCACUGUGGCUCAGGAGAGAGGUUCAGGGCCCGCUCCUCUUCUAAAUCGGAGGGUUCACCCCUCCAGCGGCCAGAGAAUGCUGGGAAAAAACCAGAGGAGAGGAGGGACGUGCUCAGGCCGAACAGAUCAGCGGACCUGACGGCUCUGGCCAAAGAACUGCGUGCAGUGGAUGAUGUUCGCCCCCUAAAUAAGGUGACAGAUUACCCUUCAUCCUCCAGUGAAGAAUCGGACACCACUGACGAAGAUGACGAUGAAGAGGUGGAUCAGGAGGCAGGUGAAGAGUCGACCUCUGGCCCGGAGGACUCCAGAGCUGUUUCUUCUCGGCUGAGUAACGGAGAAACGGAGUCAGUGAAAACCAUGAUCGUCCACGAAGAGGGCGAGAGUGAUGCAGGCACAACGCCAUGCAAAGACAGCACGCUGAUUGUCAGACAGAGUGCAGGUGACAACAGAAAGCGUACGGGCCCUGGCCCAGGCCAAACGCAGACACCUGGCAUGCAUGCAGGCUUUGCCCCGAGCCCCGGCUCGGUGUCGCUCCAGGGCCUCGCUCACCACACCCCCAGCCCCCACCACCACCAUCAUCAUCACCAUCAUCACCCCAUACAGCAUUCGGAAAGGAAUGGCUUUGCUGGUCGCAUCCACCAUCUCCCAGACUUGAUCCAGCAGAGCCACCAUUCCUCCCCCUCCUCCUCUGCAUCCAACUCCCCUUCCUCUUCCAGCCUUGCCAGUCCCUCGUCUAUGUCCCCACAGAGUCCCUUGGACAAGCUUGGCAUCCUCACAGAGAGCCAGUCUAGUAACAACAUGCAGAAGCACAAGUCUUCUUCCUCCUUCACUCCGUUCAUUGACCCACGACUUCUCCAGGUCUCUCCAUCCACCGGCAGUGCCCUCAACAAUGUCGGCUAUGGGAACGAUGCCCGGCUGGCAGAGGCACUGAGAGCAGAUCCAUCCCGGAAGGGCUCCGUGGUCAACGUCAAUCCUGUCAACACCCGCCCUCAGAGUGACACCCCAGAGAUCCGCAAAUACAAGAAGAGGUUCAACUCUGAGAUUCUUUGCGCUGCACUCUGGGGAGUGAACUUACUGGUGGGAACAGAAAGUGGCCUGAUGCUGUUGGAUCGCAGUGGUCAGGGGAAAGUUUACCCUCUGAUUAACCGCCGGCGCUUCCAGCAGAUGGACGUCCUGGAAGGACUCAAUGUCUUGGUCACUAUAUCAGGUAAGAAGAACAAGCUCCGUGUAUACUACCUGUCCUGGCUGAGGAAUAAGAUUCUGCAUAAUGACCCAGAGGUUGAGAAGAAACAGGGCUGGACAACCGUAGGAGACUUGGAGGGAUGCGUCCACUACAAAGUUGUGAAAUAUGAGAGGAUCAAAUUCUUGGUUCUGGCUCUGAAGAACUCUGUGGAGGUCUACGCCUGGGCACCCAAGCCCUACCACAAGUUCAUGGCCUUCAAGUCUUUCGGUGAUCUGGUGCAUAAGCCGCUGCUGGUUGACCUGACCGUGGAGGAAGGUCAGAGGUUAAAGGUAAUCUAUGGCUCGUGCUCAGGCUUUCACGCCGUGGAUGUCGACUCUGGGGCCGUUUACGACAUCUACCUGCCCACACACAUCCAGACGAGCAUCCAGUCUCACGCAAUCAUCAUCCUGCCAAACACUGACGGCAUUGAACUGCUCGUGUGCUACGAGGACGAGGGUGUUUAUGUCAACACCUACGGACGCAUCACCAAGGACGUCGUGCUGCAGUGGGGGGAGAUGCCCACCUCAGUGGCCUACAUUCGGUCUAACCAAAUCAUGGGUUGGGGCGAGAAGGCCAUCGAGAUCCGCUCGGUGGAGACCGGUCACCUGGACGGCGUCUUCAUGCACAAGAGAGCUCAGCGACUCAAGUUCCUCUGUGAAAGAAAUGACAAGGUGUUUUUCGCCUCUGUACGUUCUGGAGGCUCCAGCCAGGUGUACUUCAUGACUCUGGGCCGAAGCAACCUGCUGAGCUGGUAGAGGUCCACGGCCUGCCCUCUUUCUCCUCCUUCUCCUCAUCUUCCUCAUUGUCCUCCCCCUCUCUCUAACACUGGAUCUCAGAAAACCACCAUUGAUGUCUUGUCAGCCCUCGGACAACCAAACGAGAACAAACACAGCAACCUACCAGCCGUCUGGAGCAGUCGACAGCAACGCCCUGUAGCUGCAGCCUUGCUGGGUCUGCCUGCGACGCAGAGACAGCCGGUCAAGUCGUUGGUCCCUUCCGUAAAAUCCGAAGCGACGACUUAUAAACGCGCAUAAUGAAAUCAAAGGUUAAUAAAUGAAAGGAAGUAGUAAUACAGUAAAUGUGAAUUCAAGAAAAGGGAGGGGCAAGCAACGUUUUGUUUCCCUCUCAGUUUUCUUGGUGCUCAUCGGAUGCAUUGCGAUGGGAUAGAUUUUUGUACCUCUGCAUCCUUUCCCGGGUUGGUCAGUAAGCUUGAGGUCUUCUACUACUAUUGCUACCGCUAUUGUUCUUACUACCACUGCUACUACCUUCUGCAGGUCUGCCUCUUGUAAGGGAGUCCCCCCCUCUGCUCCAUGUUCCCACCAUCCGCCCCUUGUAGUGAGCGUGGGGCUGGUGGGGCUCUAGAGUGUGUUGUAUUAAUGCUACAGUAGUGUGCGUGUGUGUAAAUGUACUUCUGUUUGGUCCGCCUACUGCUAACAUGCUGGUUUGUCCAAUGAGCUGAAGGCUCAGUGACAAGCAUGAGAAAGGGACCUAAUAUUGAAGGUUUUUACCACAAAGGUCAGGUUGACAGGACUCAAACAUGAGGGUGUGUGUGUGUGCGUGUGUGUGUGUGGUUGAAGUAUAGUGUUGUAUCGGACAGGCGCUUUAAAAAGAAGGGGAGGGCGGAGAGAGAGUUGGUGUAGGUGAUGGAUUUCAGAAUAGUAUUUUUUGAAUCAUUAUUAUUCCUUGAAGAUAAGUGUAACUAUGUGGAGUUAAACAUGUCUUUUACCUUGUUUUUUUUAAUCAUUCACACACAUCCACCUACACAACUUGCUUGCUCUAAAACCACAGAAGUGUAAGGUGUGUCCGUAUGAAAAGAACGCAAUGCGGGUGUGAUCCAAAAUAUUAAAUAAAGUGUCUAUGUACAAAUAAAGCUUUGGGAACUUUUGUCGUGUCGGACCGGCGGCGGGGAAGCAUGACGACCUGAUCUUAACUCGAGAAACUUGAACUGCUGUGAAUAAACAGAUAUAACGUGGAGAGAGGUAAAAAAUCGAGUGAUAAUGUAGAUGAGAAAGUUUAGUAUGUGUAUGUGUGCGCGCGUGCCGUCAACAGUUCGGCAUCGCUUCGGCAAAUUUGGGUUUAAGUGGCAGAGAGGUAAACACGUGGUCAGCGGGUUUGUUUUGGCACAGGAGGCGGAUUUCCAUCUUCCAUUUCAUGAUUUCGACUCAUUUCAUGCUUCAUUUAGAACAUUUGUAUGUAUUCAAUGCACUAAGUGUCAAGAAUGUAGAAAGACUUAUUACUAUGUGGUGGUCCAAGGCAUGAGAUGAUGUUUUUGCUUUGUAUCUUGUCACAAGUGAUCAAUCCUAGGUGUUCGGUUGCGGAGUCGAAGCUGCGGCGGCGGCAGCAGAGCCUCUGCGUCAGAUGUACAUAUUUCGAUUCCGUAUUUGUUUUGCAGCCUCCGGCAAUCUGUGUGUCAGAGCUGAGGAGCGUUUCUCGCGGCUUUCCCGUUCAAACGAGAACACGCGCGCCUUUAUUGAUUCAGCACUCAGACUCUGGAUUUCAGUGUUACUGUGAUGAAGUGUCUCCAAACAGGCAACACUGAGCAGAGAUUUUUCCCUCACUCGGCUGUUUGUGAAGAAACUGAUGAGAGAAUCCCCAUUUUUCUUUUUUUUUAUAGGAAGGAAUAGUUUGUCUAUUUUGUGCCCCUCCCCAACCCCCUCAUGUCCUGCUCCAGCUGGUAUUGAAGUAUAUGCGAAAGACUGAGCAACAACCUUCAGCAUUGACGAUCUCUGCCCAGCUGGAUUUUUUCCUUCCUUUUUUGCAAUGAUUCUCAUCGUUUGCUCACAGGAAGAGCAAGGGGAGAGUCCGAUCUAUGACUUCAUAUCCAAACACACCUUUUGUCAGGACACAAACAAGCUUAUCUUGGGUGUUUUCCCUCCUUGACGAUAAGGUUACUGUUGGUCACUUAGUUUAUGUCUCUGUAUGGAGAAGCCGUUCGGGCCCCAGUGCUUUUGUCUGAGGUCUGUGUGUGCAGUAGUGCUCGGUGUGUGUGUCUCUUCUUGCAUCAAGGCCUUGAUGAGUGGCUGUAUUGAAUUCAUGAAAAUAAUUUGUGGCUAUUAUCGAUAUUCUUAUUGAUCUAAAGACAGAACGAGCUCUUCAGCCGAUUGAGACGAAUCAGUCGCUUGCAGGCUCAUGUUGGAAAAAGUGCCAAGAAGGCAGCAUUUAAAACGUGUAAACCUGUUGUUAUAAGAACCACUACUUGGAAAUCCUUUCUUUCAAAAAUCAAAAACAAAAAAAAACUUAAAAAAUCACUCGAAGCAUUGUGUAUUCUUAAGUUUUAGAGCUAGUUGAGAAGCUUAACAAUAGGUUCUGUUGUUUCUGUAAGUCUAUGUAAACGUAACUAUGCGACUGCGGUGGUUUAAUAUUAUUACACUCACCUUAGGUGGAGAAACUGUUUACAGAGGCAAUGUUUUGUUACACUAAUGUGCAUCAUGGUAUUUAUGUUUGAGAGCAUAAUGCAUCUUCGUUCUUUAACUCAUACUUUCUGCUUUUUGAGCCCACUUUUUAUUGGAUAUUUUAAAUUUUUUGUUAGUUUUUAUUUAUUUUUCUUUGUCAUUUCUCCCACCCCUGCUAACUUUUUCCACAACAAAGAACACACGUGUUGUUCAUUUCAGGUAUUCACACAACGCUGCUUCAACAUGGAAACAUUACAGUAACGUUCCCCGCAGGCUUGGACGUGAGGCAACGUGUUUUUUCCUCUGCUGUUUCUGCCGUGCUACUCUAACUUAUGUCCUCUCUGUGUAUGACAGGAAGUCAUGUAUUUUCCUGAUUUUUUUUGUUUUUGUUUUCUUUGAAUAAACUUUAAAAGUAAUUUUAAAACAACAA